AUGAAUCAAGACCUUUUAAAAAAUGCCGUAGAGUUUUUAAGACAGGAUUCAAUCACGAAUGCUCCCGACGCUAAAAAGGUUGAAUUUUUGAGUUCUAAAGGUCUAAAUCAGGACGAGAUUCAAAAUGCAAUCGCAUUAGCUCAAAGUCCUAUGUAUAACGCAAUGAAAAACUGCUCAAAUAGUGAAAACACGCUUACGAGGGACUGGAGAGAUUGGUUUAUUAUGGGUGUAAUUUCAGGCGGAUUUGCGUGGUCUGCUUGCACGUUAGUAAAGAAAUACCUUGUUCCCAUGUUAGAGCCCCCAAGCCCUAAUGCAUAUGAAGAAGACAAGAAUGCGUUAGAUCGUAGGUUUGAGGAAGCUGAGAAGACGCUAGAUUCUUUGUCAGAAACGACUAAAAAUCUCGCUGAAAAAACAGAAAAGAACCAGGAUGAUCUUGAUGGUGCUUUAGAUGACUUGGAAGAGACGCUCAGUACUUUGCGUCGCGACUCCGAUCAGCGAGAUCGAGAAAUUGCAAGGAUUUCUCAUGAUGUUUAUACCAUGAGCGCUAAAACCCUCCCACAAUCUUUAGAAUUAAUCCAAAAAUCACAAGAAGAAGCAUUGAAGAAGCUUACUGAAGAAGUAAAGCAACUUCAAUCUUUACAACAAAACCUUCCAACUUCAUCAGAAAGUCUUAAUGGUGCUGCAAUCAAUACAGACAACGUUAAGCAAGUGCCAAAUCUCCAAAAUGCGAGUAACGAAGAAGAGGCUACUUCUUCUCUACCCGAGUGGCAGGUGUCCAUGCGCGCUCAAGCUACUGAUGAUGUGAACUUUUCAUAA